UUGACAGCCCUACUAUUAAUAGAUCUUCUCUUCAGUCCUGAGGGUGGCAGUAGCGGUAGCAGUACAGCAGUGCACUGUCUGAGGAGAGCCUGAAAGAAACAGCUCCAGCUCCGGCGUGUUUAUCUCAGCAUGGCGUGUGUGAACAACAAGGUCGUGCGGAGUGUGGGAUUAUUAAAAACGCUCAGUAACUUCACCAGGCCCCGGGCUUUGACUGUCGGGAGGCUCUACAGCUCCGAAACCGGAUCCAGCACUGAGGAACAACCAGAGGACAAGCCGAAGGGAGGCUUCGCUGCGGCUUACGAGCUCCACUCUGACCUGAAGGUCCAGCAGGAGGAGGAGGGCGGAGGCGGCGGCGAGGGGCAGCCGGACUUUUUACGCUCCUCCCGGCAGGACGCUUCCUUCGCCUCGCUGCUCCGCCGCUCGCCGCUGAUGCAGAUGGGUCCGGCCAAGGACAAGCGUGUGAUCGGCCGGAUCUUCCACGUGGUGCAGGACGACCUGUACAUCGACUUCGGGGGGAAGUUUCACUGCGUGUGUAAGCGGCCCAAGGUGGAGGCGGAGCGGUACCACAAGGGCACCUGGGUGCGGCUGAGGCUGGAGGACCUGGAGCUCACCUCCCGCUUUCUGGGCGCUAAUACCGACACCACGCUGCUGGAGGCGGACGCUGAGCUGCUGGGACUGCUGGAGGGCCGGAAGGGCAAGACGAAGGAGUAGCGCCGCCGGGGCCCAAGCGCUGUGGACAUAUUUAUAAUACUGUGCAGUGGAACUGAGAUAUGGAUUUGUGUUUGUGUAUUUUCUAAGAUAUUAAAGCUGCUCAGUAUAAUUAAUCAAA